UGACCUCAUCCCUGGAGUGGGAUGACGUCAAAUUCAAGAUGGAUGGAAUCACGACUACCACACACUCACCAGAAUUCUGAUAUAAAGUCUUUAGUGUGCUCCGUGGAAACAGAACGAAUGCAUAGGGGUAAGUUUAGAAAGCCACAAAACUACUUUGGUUGAGAUUAUCUGGCGCUAGUGCUUUACAUUGGACUCUUGUUUGGAGAAAAGCUUCUUUUUUUCCUGACGUAACUCGGAGGUGGUUUCUUCGUCUUUUCUAAACCCCACGAGCAACUGCUCUGUGUCUGCUCCUGUAGAUGCUGCGUCUGCGCUUUAACUAACCAGGGAGAAAAUACAGUAGUGGGUGUGUGCGCACACGCAGUGACCACACACUCGUUUCUCGAGCACUGUGUUUUUAUUCUGUUUCUUUGACAUUUCUCUUUCGGAAACAUUAACACAAGGUGAUUACGUGAUUUCACCGCCAGCAACGGUAACAAACAGACCAUGCACCGCGUCAUUGUUUCAAAUUUAAUUAACCUAUUUAGUCCAUAACGGGGAGAAUACUUGCCAGACUUCUAAAACCAGUUUCUGCUGAAUUUGUGUCUUCAGGAAUUUUAGCCACGUCUCGCGGAUUAUCUAAUACUUGUUCUCCUGACUUCUCCUCAGACACAUUGAAUGGGGCGCAGCGUUCAAAACUUUUCUGAAAUGGAAUGUACUAGACAUGUUUGUGUAAUCAUGUGGAAUUGAUAGCCGUGUCCACAGUUAAAUGUGUGUAACGGAAUGAACGCUGUCUGCGUCCCUACUAAAUAUGCCCCCUCGCCAUGUCUUCUGAUUAAAGACAUGAUGUAAUCGAAAUAGAACCUAUAAAUGCGCAUGCGUCGUUAUUUGCGCUCAUAGCACAGAUCGAUACAGUAGCAUCCUACUAGUUGCUGAUCUAAAAAAUGUUGUAUAGUCUAAUGCAGUACUCUUCAUGGUUUACAGAAUGUGUUUUGAUAUUCUAAAAUUGAAAAUGAAGGAUUUAAUAAUCAUGCACAUUUUCACUAAUAAAUUGUUGGCACAGACUGCAUAGCAAAAUACCCCUUACCGAAAAAACAGGCUUCUGGCAAACCUUUGGCCAAUUUGUCGCAAAUUUGGGUAAUAUCAUAUUUUCACAUGCAUAUUCGUUUUGUAGCAGACUGAACUUCUGGCAAACAAUUCUGGGAAACUUGUGGCAAAACAUUCUGUUUGCUGCAAACUCAGUAUGAAUAUGCAAAUUAAAUCAGGUUUUUGGUCACUGUGUUAACUUACAUACUUCUCAGAGAAAAAAACUAAAACAUUAAAUGUAGUAAAUAUACUAAACAUGUAUUAAAUGUCUUAACAUAUCAAAAUAAAUCCAAUACAACUUGAAAUAAUCAGCAUGGUAAAAAGAGCAAAGACUAGAUAUUUCCCAAAUAAAUUGUUUAUUUAAUAUUUUUAUGUAGCUACAACAUUUACAUGAGAGAAAUGUGAACACUAUGGGUGGGGAUGUUGACCUUAGGAUGUUUAAAGGGGCAACUACAGAAUUAUUUACAUGAGCCAAGUGAUAACUGAGCAAUAGAUUUCAACCAAUGGAAGUUUAAAAGAUAAAUAACAAAAUGUAAAUAAUUCAAACUAAACUAAAUCAAACCCAGUUCAGAACUAUUGCCUUUUUGAGUGAACUUUGGAGAUGGCGGAGAGUCCUUUGUCCAAAGCUUGUUGAAUGCAUGCACUGAAACAAUCAGAAAACACAAAACAAACAUAAUCAUGAAUCAUUAAAGUAGUUGGCAUUUUCAGAGGUUUUUUUGAUGAAUGAGCAAUCUGAUUCAAUGAACGUACAUUUAGCUAUAUUCCGCGACAACGAUCCAGUAAGUUAGCGUCGCGAGCAUGGUCGCGAGGCUAACAUUAGCUAGCUAGUAAACGUUACCACAGCCAGAGAUAUUAGCACAGAAAAUGGCUAGCUAGCUAGCUAGCUAACGGUCAUUAGCUAACACUCAAGCUAACGUUAGCUAGCUACCUAAUUAUGAUAGGACAACCUAUUUAACCUGAAUGACCAUCAAAUUCAUAAUUUGUAACAUUUGUUACUUACCGUUUUCAUGGUUUUCAGUCUGCCAAAACACUCUUAGUUUGUCAAAAUGGGGUUAGCCGUUUUCCAGUCAGUCACUAAGUCGCAAUAGAAGACUUGUAAGUUUCCACAUUUUACAUUUACAUUUUAGUCAUUUAGCAGACGCUCUUAUCCAGAGCGACUUACAGUUAGUGCUUACAUUAUUUUAUCGAACCCACAACCCUGGCGUUGCAAACGCCAUGCUCUACCAACUGAGCUACAUCCCCUGCCGGCCAAAUCCCUCCCCAGCCCUGGACGACGCUGGGCCAAUUGUGCGCGCCGCCCCAUGGGUCUCCCGGUCGCGGCCGGCUACGACAGAGCCUGGAUUCCACGUCUUGACACUUGCUCACGUUAAGGUGGACAUGUAAAACAUUUUUUUUUGUUUGCCCCACCAAGAUUGACAUGCUAAAAUCGUCCGUAACCGAACCUUAAUAACCCAGCACAAACGACCCAAUCUUGCUGUUUUUACAGAAAACAACCCAACUAUUGACCCAAUGCCUGCAACCCAGCAAUUGGGUCAUCCAAACAACCCAACAUUUUGUAAAGUGUAACUUACAUCUCAAAGCCAUGCAUGCAAGAAGCCUUGGCCUGUCUGGUCCACACACAUUUCCCUGUCCUCAGUUUGAUUGAAGGCCUCAAUCUGUAUUUUUGCCUUGUAACUGAUUGUUUCUAGAACAAGAGAAGGAACAACAUGAUCAAUAUGAGUUAGUUACUACUAGUUUAAAGCAAUGAAAGAUCUAAUUGUUACAAAUAAUCAAUGUAUGGGCUACAUUUGAAAAACAUGCAUUUGCAUACCUUAUCAAUCUUGAAGACAAUACACUCAUUUAUCACUCAAAAAGAGUGUUAUGAGGGAUUGCACCACAAACAUAUUUCCAGGGUGUUGAUGCAUCCUCCUCUCUGCCUGUUCCAACACCACGGGUAGGGGAAGGGUAUCCAUCUGCAAAAUAAAAUGUUGCAUUAAUGUCAAAUCAACUCAUAUUGUUGCUACCUUAGCUGUUGUGCUAGCUAACAUGCUACUGAACUGUGACACUAGCAUAUUGACAUGGUAUUAAGACAGCAACGUAUUCACCCAAAAAUAUAAAUGUUUAGGAAAAUAAUUAGUUAGCUAGCUUAGCUACCUAUCACAUUAAUGUGCAAAAAUAUGAUAGCCAACGUUAGCUAGCUAAGCACAAGCCAGUCAGUGGCACUGACAGAUUGAAACUGGUAUCAACAAAAUGUGUUUCACUCUAUCCCAUAAAACAUUACUAUGCUAACUAGACAUAAUUUAGCAAAUAAAAUGUUAAAGUUUAUUAGCUAGGACGUUUAAUUAAUAAGUUAGACAAUCACCGGACAACUUUGGUAGCUAGCUAGAUAGCUUGGUUUCCAUUUUCCAACAGAUGUUUCUAAUCCCCCUGAUUGGUAAUGAACAGUUACUGGUCUUGGAACUUUUUGCCACAGGUUUGCCAUGGAUUCAAAUUGAAUCUUGAGAGAAUUGUCUGCCAGAAAAAAAUCUCUGGCGAACUCUUUGCCACUAGUGGCAAUAAAUAUUAUUGCUGCCAAAGGUAUGCUGCAGAUUCACCAAUAGUGGCAAACAUUUGCAAACUUCUGGCAACAUUUUGUGGCACACUAUUUAGUUUGCAGCAAAUUUACCACAAACUUGGGGAAGUUUCUGAAACAUUGUCACACCUGUAUGUCAUAUAUGAAUUUGACAUAAUGUUAUUAGAUUCUUAUAGUUUUGCUGUUAUUUAUUUAUUUAGGUAGAUUUAUUUGACACAUAGUUUGUUUGAUUUUAUGUGUUUCCUAAAUGUUUAGGUAACUCUUUCCUUACUUUAUUUUAUUGAAAAAUUUAGUCAAAAUAGGUGUCUUGAAAUUAAAAUCCUCUCCUUUUUGUUCUUGCCUUUCAGUCAGAAUGGAGAGUCUGGUGCACUAUAGUAAUCCCUCCCACGGCCUCUCUGUGCUGGGGGUGCUCAACGAGCAGCGCCUGAGGGGGCAGCUCUGUGACACAGUCUUGGUUGUGGGGGAUCAGAGGUACCAGGCCCACAUGAGUGUGCUUGCCGCCAGCAGUGAGUAUUUCCAAUCCCUGUUCACACGGAGGCUGUCUGAGACCCACAAAGUGAUACAGUUGGACUUCUGUGAGCCUGACGCCUUUGAGGUAGUGCUGAAUUACAUAUACUCAUCCUCCCUCUUCGUGGACAGAGGCAGCCUGGCAGCCAUCCAGGAGAUGGGCUACAGUCUAGGAAUCCCCUUUCUAACCAACAUCAUGUCAACAAGGCCGCAUGUGUCCUACUGCGUUUCCAGAAAAAUGUUGUCCUUCUCAGAGGAAGUUGACAAUGACAGCCAGCCGAGGAGUGUCAUUAUGCGCCAGAACCGAGGUGGUGAUGCUCCCGGCCCCAGUCGCUACGGUUCAAAUUAUCAAGGAGAGCCCUCAGGACACAGGAAACCAAACGAAUCAGCCAGGAACACUGCAUCCAAUCCCAGAAAAUCAGCUGAAGCAAUUGGUGAGGGUUCUGAUAGCAAGCCCAUCUGUUCAUAUGCCUCCAUCUUAAAGGGGAAGACAUUAUCACGCACAGGGUCAUCAGUAAGGCCACAGCUCACCUCCUCAGUCUCCUUCAGUGAAUCUCCAACAGUCAUGUUACAGACUGAGUCUGAUCUAAGCACUAAAGAAGAGGAGGAGGAGCAGAGGCUCUACAGACCCAAACCAACAUUUCAGGGCCAGGCAGGGGAGCCUAGCCAGACCAUUGACAGGAGUGGCCCACUCAUAAAAAGCCUGCUGCGCAGAUCAUUAUCCAUGGACAGUCCCGUCCCAGUCUUCUCCCCCACACUGGAGCUCAAUAAGCUGCAAGGCCGAGUACAGUCGGUUGUUAAGAUGGUGGCAAAGACAGAGGAAGGGACUGAGACAGAGCACAAACACAGUGUGAAAGUGGUUCCGCCACUUCUUCUCAGGUCAAGGCACCACAGUAGGUAUGAUGAUGAAGAAGAAACUCAGGGAGAGGAGUUCAAUGUGAAGACAGAGCCUAGCAGCCCACUGUCUGACCCCUCAGAGAUCAUUAGAAUCACAGUGGGGGAUUCUCUAUCAGUCAACCUAAAAGACAUUGAAAUGAAUUUCGACCAAGGCCCUACUAAGCCAUUUUAUAAUCUCCCUGGAAAGAGAAAGGUGAGAAAAGAGAACAGAAGGUACCCAUUCAAAAAGUCCAAAGGGGUGAACAAACAUGAUUUACCACGUGAAGAUGAUGACGACGACAUGUCAGAAUCUGUACCUCACAACUCCAACAUGGACGACAAUGAUGGAGACUGGACUGAUGAGCCCAGGCAGAGCAAGAUGUUUAAAUGCUGGAACUGUUUGAAAGUGUUCAGAUCCAAAGCUGGACUGCACCGCCAUGUUAACAUGUAUCACAACCCAGAUAAGCCAUAUGCUUGUGACAUCUGCCACAAACGCUUCCACACCAACUUCAAAGUCUGGACCCACUGCCAAACCCAGCACGGAGUGGUACAAAACCCUGCUUCAUCCUCCAGUUCGUUCCAGCUGGAUGAAAAGUUUCAGAGGAAGCUGAUUGAUAUUGUGCGAGAGAGAGAAAUAAAGAAAGCUUUGCUCAUGAAGCUGAGGAGGAAUAAGCAGGGUUCGCAGUCUCAGGUGUUUGCCAAAAAAGGUGGCCUGAGAUCAAGGUCAAAUUUGAUAUGCCCUUACUGUGGGAAAACGUUUUUGUUUCUGUCUCAGUUCAAGCAGCAUUUGAAGACACACCCUAUGGAGAGAGCCAACCAAGAGACUGAGAGAGAGGGCAGUCUCUGCCAAAAGGACCAGGACCAGCCCGAUCAAAGAGAGAACACAGACACAGAGGUUUACUCCUGCAGGCUCUGCAAUGAGAAGCUGUCCUCUCACUUUGAGCAGGGAGACCACGAGAGGGGCUGUCGACACGCAACCGUGUGCCCGUACUGUGGCCUCCGAUUCUCCAGCCCAGCGGUUAAAAAAGAGCACGAAGCACACUGCAAGUACAAGAAACUGACCUGCCUGGAGUGCAUGCGGACCUUCAAGUCCUCCUUUAGCAUAUGGAGACACCAGGUGGAGGUUCACAACCACAACAUUAUGACUGUUAAGGAGCAGCUGAGCCAUCAGGAAAUCAAUGGAGAAGCAUUUGACCACCUCGGAAGGCCGCUCCAUACCCAGGAAUCUGUGGGAGCGCUGAGCUCCAGAGAGGACAUCAUCUACAGUGACUCCUCAGGUCCGCCUAUGUUCGACUCAGAGGAUUCUUCAUCAUUCGUGCCCGAGGACUUGAGUGUUAGCCAGCAUAAGAACGACCAUCACGGCGAGCUGACAGUCAAGGAGGAGCCCAUUGAGGAGGCCGUGAGCGAGAGGGAGGAUAUGACGUCUGGGGCCUCCAUCGAGCCCGAGGAGCCAGGUGUUUGGCCAUGCGAAAAAUGUGGCAAGCUCUUCGGUGGCCACAAAGAUCUGGAGCGCCACCAGGAGCUGCUGUGCCACAUCAAACCCUUCAUCUGUCACAUCUGCAAUAAAGCCUUCAGGACCAACUUCCGCCUUUGGAGCCACUUCCAGUCCCACAUGUCCACCUCCGACGAACAUGGAGUGAGAGAGAUCGAUGACAGGCGCCCUUCGUCUCCCUCCCCCUCACCACCACCGCCGGUCACACAAGCAACUGGACGUCCUGCCCCACAAGUUUCUCCACCUAAACCAAUGGAGGCAGAGCCAGUGGUAGCUAAAUCUGUGGUAGCGAAGGAGGAGGAGAAGCCUGGAAGCUCGUCAUCAAUGCCCAGGACCAAGAGGCCAGAGAUGGACAGAUCAUACAGUAGCCCCCUACCCAAGACGGAUAGUGUGGAUAAUCCUCUCACCCCUCAGGAAUCAGAAACCUUUUUUUACCAUGCCCCCACUCUCUCUGCCCUCACGUUUAAGAGGCAGUACAUGUGUAAGCUCUGCCACAGGACAUUCAAGACUGCCUUUAGUCUUUGGAGCCAUGAGCAGAGCCACAAUUAA